GACACGGUGCACGAAGACAUAGAAAAACACAAAAGCCUUCACAAUGGGUGAUAGCACGAUUGGAUCGGUAAGCUUCCUGCAUCUUGGGGACAUUGUGUCCCUGUACUCGGAAGGAAGUGUAUCCGGUUUUCUUAGUACCCUCGGCCUAGUCGAUGAUCGUGUGGUCGUGUGUCCCGGGGCUGGUGAUCUUAACGAUCCGCCGGAAAAGUUUCGCGACUGUCUCAUCAAAAUAUGUCCCAUGAAUCGGUACUCCGCCCAGAAGCAGUUCUGGAAGGCGGCCAAACAAAGCACAACAACGAACACCGACACGAGCCUGCUCAAGAGGUUGCACCAUGCGGCCGAAAUAGAGAAGAAACAAAAUGAGUCGGAAAACAAGAAGCUACUCGGCACGGUCGUUCAGUACGGCAGUGUCGUCCAGCUACUUCAUCUCAAAUCGAACAAGUACGUCACGGUAAAUAUCCGGUUGCCGGCUCUGCUCGAGAAGAACGCAAUGCGCGUGUACCUAGACGCGAACGGUAACGAGGGCUCGUGGUUCUACAUUAUGCCCUUCUACAAGCUCCGUUCGGCCGGUGACAAUGUGGUGGUGAGUGAUAAGGUAAUCCUUAAGCCAGUCAACGCGAACCGGCAGAAUCUGCACGUAGCCGCCACCUACGAACUGCCGGACAAUCCGGGCAGCAAAGAGGUGAACGUGCUGAACUCGUCCACCUCCUGGAAGAUCACACUCUUCAUGGAGCAGCGCGAAAAUCAGGAAGAUGUGCUGAAGGGUGGCGAUGUGGUACGGUUGUUUCACGCCGAACAGGAAAAGUUCCUCACGAUGGACGAGUACAAGAAGCAGCAGCAUGUGUUUUUACGUACGACCGGCAGAAGCAGUGCGACGGCGGCCACCAGCAGCAAAGCCCUGUGGGAGGUGGAAGUGGUUCAGCACGACAGUUGUCGGGGCGGUGCAGGGCACUGGAAUUCUUUGUUUCGCUUCAAACAUCUGGCUACCGGGUACUAUCUGGCGGCCGAAAUUGAUGAAGAUAUUUCGCGGACGGAAAAAUCGAGUAGUUCCAGCCAUCCACAGGGAGGCGAUUCGUUCCGCUUAGUACCGGUACCCCAUUCUACUGACAUUGCAUCUGUGUUUGAGCUCGACUCGACGACGAUCACACGGCCAGAAGGAUUGGUACCACAGUCGAGCUACGUUCGGUUGCGUCAUCUCUGUUCAAACACCUGGGUACAUGCCACUUCCGUUCCGAUCGACAUCGAUGAUGAUAAGCCGGUUAUGUCGAAGGUGGGCUGUUCCGCAAUCAAGGAAGAUAAGGAAGCGUUCCAACUGAUUCCAGUGUCUCCGGUGGAGGUGCGUGAUCUAGAUUUUGCCAACGAUGCCUGCAAGCUACUGCUAGCGAUGAGCACCAAGCUCGAGAAUGGAACAAUAUCCUCGAAUGAACGGCGAUCGUUGAUAGCACUGCUGCAAGAUAUUGUGUUCUUUAUUGCGGGUCAGGAGAAUGAUCAGAACAAAUCGGACGCGCUGGAUCUUACGAUCAACAAUCCGAACCGUGAUCGACAGAAGCUGCUGCGCGAACAGUACAUACUAAAGCAAUUGUUCAAGAUACUGCAGGGUCCGUUUCAGGAGACGAAAAACAACGAUGGACCGUUUCUGAAGAUCGACGAGCUGGGUGAUCCCAAGAAUGCCCCGUUCAAGAACAUUUUCCGUCUCUGCUACCGGAUACUAAAGCUCAGUCAGCAGGACUAUCGCAAAAAUCAAGAGUACAUCGCCAAACAUUUUGGGCUGAUGCAGAAACAGAUCGGGUACGAUAUACUGGCGGAGGAUACGAUCACUGCCCUGCUGCACAAUAAUCGUAAACUGCUCGAAAAACACAUUACCGCGGCGGAGAUUGAAACGUUCGUGGGGCUGGUGCGGAAGAACAUGCAGAGUUGGCAAUCGCGGUUCCUCGACUACCUUUCCGAUCUGUGUGUUUCGAACAAGAAAGCGAUCGCCGUAACGCAGGAACUGAUCUGCAAGAGUGUGUUGAGUGCGAAGAAUGCGGAUAUUCUAAUUGAAACGUUCCUGCGGGAGGUGGAUGAUGAUCCGCUCGGGUAUCUGAACGAGUUGGAGCGUGGAAAUCGAGAGUUUACUGAGAUACGAGAGGUGGAUGAAUCGAGUUCGGGAGCCGGAGCUGGCGAUGGAGAAUCGAAGGGAACGUCCGCCACUAACGGAAAGCGAAAGUUGGACGAAAAGAAGCGGUAUGAGGUGGUUCUAAUGUGGCAGAAUCGAACGCAAUCGAAAUCGAUGAGCCGACUUGCACAGGGAUUAAAGAUCGGACGUGCAGUAGAUACGGCCAUUCUCGACUAUUAUCGCCACCAGCUUAACCUGUUCUCCAACAUGUGCCUCAAUCGGCAGUACCUUGCGCUGAACAAUCUCUCCCCGCACCUCGACAUCGAUCUGAUACUGCGCUGCAUGUCGGACAAGACGGUGCCGUACGAUUUGCGUGCUUCGUUCUGUCGACUGAUGCUACACCUGCACGUCGAUCGCGACCCACAGGAACCGGUAACACCGGUCAAGUAUGCGCGUCUCUGGUCCGAAAUACCAACCGUCAUGUCGAUUAAUGAUUACGACAUCGAAAAGCAACCGGACAGCAACAAGGAAGCGGUACGGGCACGGUUCAACAAAACUAUCGCCUUCGUGGAGGACUAUCUGUGCAAUCAUGUCGUGUCGAAGAUGUGGUUUGCCGAUCAGGAUCAGAACAAGCUGACGUUCGAGGUGGUUAAGCUGGCGCGUGAUCUCAUCUACUUUGGAUUUUACAGCUUUAGCGAUUUGUUGCGGCUCACGAAAACGCUCCUAAACAUACUGGACUGUGUGUCGAGCAGUGAAGCGGACGGAACGGGACUGCCAACCGGCCAUAUUGAUUGUAAGUGUAUAUCGACCGAAAAGGGAACGGCAUCAUCAUUGCCCGGUAUCGCGGUACAAAUCGAAGCCGGUGGUUGCGGCGGUGGCGUAUCAACGGCUAUCGCGCCUAGUAAGGAGAUGAACGUUCGCAAAGAUUCUAAUGAUAGUGGGGGAUUACUAACGACAGAGUUUGGGUUGCCUAAAAAGCUUAACCGGUCCGCUUCAACGGUGGCCGUGCUGGCUGCCAUCGAAGCAACAAAGUGUGCAUCGAAGCUUCGCUCCGGUAGCAUCCCGGAAGCGAACAUCGGUGGGCCUGUCGGUACCAAUGAUACUGGUAAUGCGGAAGGAGGCGUAUUGCGACGCAUCGGUGAUAUGGGUGCCGUGAUGACUUCGCUUACCCUCGGUCCCAUCUCGACCGCCAUUGUGUCACCCACCAUACAGCACCGUAAAUCCGUCUCCCAGCUGAUGAAAGAAUACCCGCUGGUGAUGGACACCAAGCUAAAGAUAAUCGAAAUCCUUCAGUUCAUCCUGGACGUUCGUCUAGACUAUCGGAUUAGCUGUUUGCUAUCGAUCUUCAAGCGUGAGUUUGAUGAAAAUGAACAGACGGCAGCUACCGUUGCCAAUAUGCCACUUGCUCCUCCAACCGUUAUCGUGCCUGAAGCACCAACAAUCGUUCAACCUAGUGCUGUUGCUCCUUCCUCGGUGAAUGAUCCGUCGCCAUCAGUUUCGGUCGUAGUACCGUCGGAAAGUACACCGAAGGAAGAAAGCAAUAGCAUUGCAGGAGAUACUACUUCCGAGGUCUCACUAACGCUGAGCAACACAACAACGGAAACGACAACUACAACCACAUCGGACUCCACCUCGGAAGGGUAUGUAACGAUGUCUAGCGAGAGUACCUCUAUGACGGAAGGCAUCAGCAGCAGUAACCCGUCCAAAACCGAGAGCAAUCUUCCACCCACAGCGGAAAACAUAAAUUUGCGCCAGAAAAAUAUCGAUUUGGAAUCGAUCGGAUACCAAGCGGAAGGCAUAUUUGGCUGUACCGAGGACACGUACAAUCCGCUCGACCUGGAUGGACAGGGUGGGCGUACGUUCCUGCGCGUUCUGUUGCAUCUUAUCAUGCACGAGUAUCCUGCCCUCGUGUCCGGUGCGCUCCAUCUCCUUUUCCGCCACUUUAGUCAACGUCACGAGGUGCUGCACGCUUUCCGACAGGUGCAGCUGCUGGUGUCGGACAGCGAUGUGGAGUCGUACAAGCAGAUCAAAUCGGACCUCGACGUACUGCGGCAGAGUGUGGAAAAGUCGGAACUGUGGGUGUACAAAUCGAAACAGACGGAUGAUUUGCUCGCUGGUGGUGGUGAAGGCGGAGAUGGUGCCGAUGGCGGUGGCGGGGGAGGCAAGGGUGGCAAUGAGCAGGGUGAUGGUGGAACGGGAAGUGGUAAGUCGGGUGCGAGCAAUACGAAGGGGAAGCCGGAAUUGGUAAAGCAAGAAUCGCAGCUUAACUUCGAUCAGGGUCCGGAGCUAAAUCCGGAACAAUCGUUGGAGUACAAGAAAAUUCAACAGAUAUUGAUACGAAUGAACAAGCUCUGCAUUACGGCUACUGGGCCGGAUGGUUUCGUGAAGCCACGCAAACAUGAACAACGACUGCUGAGGAACGUUGGAGUACAUACGGUGGUGCUGGAUUUGCUUCAAAUCCCGUACGACGAAAAGGAUGAUUACCGGAUGAAUGAGUUGAUGCGAUUGGCGCACGAAUUUCUGCAGAACUUCUGUUUAGGCAAUCAACAGAAUCAGAUACUGUUGCACAAGCAGUUGGAUCUGUUUUUAAAUCCGGGGAUCCUGGAAGCUGAAACGGUGUGCGCCAUCUUCAAGGAUAACCUUAACCUCUGCAAUGAAGUGAGCGAUAAGGUGGUACAACACUUUGUGCACUGUAUCGAAAUACACGGCCGUCACGUAGAGUACCUUAAGUUCCUGCAGACGAUCAUCAAGGCGGAGAAUCAAUUCAUACGCAAAUGUCAGGAUAUGGUGAUGCAGGAACUUGUCAACGCAGGCGAGGAAGUGCUCGUUUUCUACAACGAUAAAGGUUCAUUCAACUAUUUCGUGGAGUUAAUGCGAUCGUACAGUGCCGGUACGUUGGCCGAUUCCAGUCCGCUCAUGUAUCAUAUCGAGCUGGUAAAGCUGCUUGCCUGCUGUACGAUGGGCAAGAACGUGUACACGGAGAUCAAGUGCAACAGUUUGCUGGCGCUGGACGAUAUUGUGGCGAUGAUAUCGCAUCCGGACUGUAUUCCGGAGGUAAAGGUAGCGUACGUGGAUUUCCUGUGCCAUUGCUACAUCGACACGGAGGUUGAGGUGAAGGAGAUUUACUCGUCGAACCAUAUGUGGUGUCUGUUCGAGAAGUCGUUCCUGAUCGAUAUCAACAAUGUGGUGAAGGGUGGUUCGUUCACUAAUCGGCAGCUGGAGAACUACGUUUGCAAUGAGGUGAUGAACAUACUGACGACGUUCUUCAACAGUCAGUUUUCCGACCAGAGUACGGCUUUACAGAAAAGGCAACUCAUCUUCGUAAAGAUCCUGCAAAAUUCCUUCAAACUCACGCAAUGCAAGGGUCUCACACCAUCGCAGCGUUUUAACGUGGAAAACUGUAUACGCACCUUGUCCGAAAAGGCGAAACCCCGCGGCAUUGCCAUCCCGAUCGAUCUCGAAAACCAGGUGGUGAAGAUGUUCAAUAAAACGGCCAUGCUUUCGCGCCAAACGAGCAAAUGGUUGCUGGUGACGAAGCAAACCAAAAUGGAACGAUCCCAGUCACAGAUUAUGCGUAUGGAUCGUAGCAUUAUCGAGGGUCUGCAGGACAUUGUGUCACUGCUGGAGGAUAAACUGAAACCACUCGUCGAAGCAGAACAAUCGCUGCUGGUAGAUAUCCUUUACCGUUCCGAGCUGCUUUUCCCGCUCAACACGGAAUCUCGCAAAAAGUGUGAAACGGGUGAUUUCAUCCGACAUCUUAUAAAGCACACGGAGAAGCUGCUCGAAGAGAAAGAGGAGAAACUGUGCGUGAAGAUACUGAAAACACUCAAAGAGAUGAUGACGAUUGAUUGUGAUUACGGUGAUAAGGGUGAUCAUUUGCGUACAAUUUUGCUGAAGCGUUACUUUGGGCAAGAUUUUACGCUUCAGGCACCGAUACCAGCGCUACCGGGAGCUGUAGGACCGGCCGUUUUACAACCGGUUAACGUAGCAACGGUAGUUAGCUCACCGAUGGCUAGCGUGUCCCACGGGCCAGGCGCUAAGUAUCUUAUCCGGGCCGGACGGACCCUGCACGAGGUACAGAAUCAUCUAGAUAAGGAGGGUGCAAGCGAUCUGGUGAUAGAGCUGGUCAUAAAGUCGAUCAAUUCACCGUCUAUCUUCGUUGAAGCGAUCGAACUGGGCAUUGCAUUGCUCGAGGGAGGAAAUCCCAUCAUCCAGAAGGGGAUGUACAACAAGUUCCUGAGCAACGAUCUAAGCCAAUCGUUCUUUAAAGUGUUUUUCGAUAAGAUGAAAGAUGCCCAGCAAGAGAUCAAGUCGACCGUUACGGUGAACACGUCUGAUAUGGCUGCGAACAAGGCGAGCGAAAGUAAGGUUGAGGGGAAAGAUUUGGACAAGAUUGGCCAGCGGAAGAACGUGAACAAGGUGAACGGGAUCGUCAUUACGGAGGACUUCAAGGAGGAGCUCCAAAAUGCAGCCCUUAUGACGCAACAGUCGUACAUAAACGCGCGCAACUUAGCGGCCACUUCCGACGGGACUGGUUCCGAUAAUGGAGAUGAAAAUUCUCUGAUGAGCAUUGGCAGUUCCGCGCUUGAGGAUAUACUGGCGGAAAAGCUCGAGAAGCACAAGGAUAAGGAUGAGAAUAAUAAGCUGUCAAACAAGGUGCUCGUAAUGCAACCAAUCUUGCGCUUUUUGCAGCUGCUGUGCGAGAAUCACAAUCCUGAGUUGCAGAACUUGCUGAGGAAUCAGAACAACAAGACAAACUAUAAUCUUGUGUCGGAGACGCUCAUGUUUUUGGAUUGUAUCUGCGGUUCAACGACCGGUGGGCUAGGGCUGCUUGGGCUUUACAUCAACGAGAACAAUGUGUCGCUGAUUAAUCAGACGCUCGAAACGCUGACGGAGUACUGUCAGGGACCGUGCCACGAUAAUCAGAACUGCAUUGCAACGCACGAAUCGAACGGAUUGGAUAUUAUUACGGCGCUUAUUUUGAACGAUAUCAAUCCGCUAGGGAAGAAUCGCAUGGAUUUGGUGUUGGAGUUGAAGAAUAAUGCGUCGAAAUUGCUUUUGGCGAUCAUGGAGUCACGUGGUGAUAGUGAGAAUGCGGAACGUAUCCUAGCCAACAUGAAUCCGAAACAGCUGGUUGAGGUAGCGUGCCGAGCGUAUCAUCAGGAUGAGAACAUUUUGAUGCUACUAAAUCAGAGUGAUGGAGGAGGAAGUGGCAGUGGAGUCGGUGGUGGUGGAGGAACAGGCGGUAGCGGGUCAAGUGAUGAUGGAUAUGGAAGCUUACGGCACGAUCUCGGUGACGAUGGGCACGAUGAUGAUGAUGUCGGAGUUUCCCCGAAGGAAGUCGGACACAACAUCUACAUCCUGUGUCACCAGCUGGCACAGCAUAAUAAAGAGCUGGCGGGUUUGUUAAAGAUUGAUAGUUUUAACAGUGGUACUGCAGGUAAUAGUGCCGCACCGCCCAGUGUGCCCACCUUCCCUGGUGCAAAUCCGAGCAGUCUUGGUGGUGGACCGCCCAGUAGCAGUAGUAGUAACAGCGCUACGAGUAAAGCAAACAGCAAAACGAAUCAAGCCCUUCUGUACUAUCAAACACACACGGCACAAAUCGAAAUCGUUCGACAUGAUCGUACGCUGGAGCAGAUCGUGUUUCCAAUACCGGAGAUCUGCGAAUACCUGACCAAGGAUACGAAGGUGCGUGUGCUGAAUACGGCGGAGCGGGAUGAUCAGGGUAGCAAGGUGGCAGACUUCUUCGAUCGGCACGAGGCGAUGUUCAAUGAAAUGAAAUGGCAGAAGAAGCUUCGUGGUCAGCCGGCCCUAUUCUGGGUGAGCAGUUACAUGUCGCUGUGGAGCAACAUUCUGUUCAAUUUGGCCGUGCUGAUCAACUUGAUUGUGGCGUUUUUCUAUCCCUUCGAGAAUGCACUUCCAGAAUUAAGCUUUCAUCUUUCGUCGCUAAUCUGGAUCGUAAUGUUGGUAUCGUUAGCGAUCGUAAUUACUCUUCCACGUCAAUCGGGCAUUCGGACGUUCGUGGUAGCAUUAAUACUAAGGCUCAUCUUUUCCUGCGGUCCAGAACCGACCCUCUGGCUACUCGGGUGCAUCACCGUCAUCAUGAAGGGUGUACAUAUUAUCAGCCUGAUGGGCAAUUAUGGUACGCUGGAAAAACACUUUGUGUCGAUCAUUACGGAUGCGGAGCUGCUCUACCACUUCUUUUAUCUUCUGUUCUGUGUGUUCGGUGUACUGUUGCAUCCAUUUUUCUUCUCCAUUUUGCUGUUCGAUGUGGUGUAUCGAGAAGAAACGCUUCUCAACGUGAUCCGGUCGGUGACGCGAAACGGGCGCUCGAUCAUAUUAACUGCCGUCCUUGCACUGAUCCUCGUUUACAUGUUCUCUAUUAUUGGGUACAUGUUCUUCCGGGACGAUUUCCUCGUGCCGGUCGAUGAAGAGUACAAUGCAGCUUCUGCCAGCGCCAUCGGGGAUACCGAUUGUACCGGAGAGCCAACCGUAAGCCACAUGGUACCACCGGACGUGAUAGUGGAGCAAGUGGUUCAGCAAACCUGUUCGAAGCUUCCCACAUCCGCAAGCAGUGAACUCGAAUCAAGCGAUGGUGGUGAUAUGAAGGAACGUGGAUGUGAUUCAAUGAUUAUGUGCAUCAUCACGACGCUCAACCAAGGUUUAAGGAACGGUGGUGGUAUUGGUGACAUACUGCGUGCACCGAGCAGAAAGGAAACACUGUUCGUACCGCGCGUUAUCUACGAUUUGCUGUUCUUCUUCAUCGUCAUCAUUAUUGUGCUGAACCUGAUCUUCGGUGUGAUCAUCGACACGUUUGCCGAUCUGAGAAGCGAAAAGCAGCAGAAAGAGCUGAUACUGAAAAAUACCUGCUUCAUCUGUGGACUGAACCGUUCCGCGUUCGACAACAAAACGGUUAGCUUCGAGGAGCACAUAAAGAACGAGCACAACAUGUGGCACUAUCUGUACUUUAUUGUGCUGGUGAAGGUGAAAGAUCCAACCGAAUUUACUGGCCCGGAAAGCUAUGUGCACGCGAUGGUAAAGGCAAACAUACAAGAUUGGUUUCCACGGCUGCGAGCCAUGUCGCUGGCCGCAGUUGACGGUGAUGGAGAGCAGAUUGAGCUGAGAAGUUUGAAGAAUCUGCUCGAAACGAACCACAUCGCAGUGCGCGAACUAAUGACGCAGAUUAUGGAGCUGGAAAAUAAGAUGACCGAACAGCGCAAACAGCGGCAACGGCACGCCCUGCUCAACCCAACCACAUCCACCUCGUACCAGUUCUAUCCGCAGCUCUGAUGCUCAUCGUCCGUGCUGCUCGGUGGUGAUGAGGGCCGUAGAAAAUUGAUGG